AUGCGCUUCGACGCUGCUGCCUUCACGGCUCUGGUCUCCUCGGCCUCCCUCAUGGGCCUCGCCUAUGCCGAGGAGCCUGAGCUUAACUCUGAUGCCACCUCCAUUGAGAGACCUAUCUUCACGCCUACUGCUCUCAAGGCUCCCUUCCUCGAGCAGUUCACUGACGACUGGGAGACCCGCUGGAAGCGCUCCACCGCGAAGAAGGAUGACCCCAAGUCCGACGAGGACUGGGCUUAUGUUGGCGAGUGGGCCGUUGAGGAGCCCAGCGUCUUCAAGGGUAUCGAGGGUGACAAGGGUCUUGUUGUUAAGAACCCGGCCGCUCACCACGCUAUCUCGGCCAAGUUUCCCAAGAAGAUUGACAACAAGGGCAAGGCCCUGGUGGUCCAGUACGAGGUUAAGCCGCAGAACUCCCUGGUCUGCGGUGGUGCCUACUUGAAGCUUCUUCAGGACAACAAGAAGCUCCACCAGGAGGAGUUCUCCAACGCUUCCCCUUACGUGAUCAUGUUCGGUCCCGACAAGUGCGGUGCCACCAACAAGGUUCACUUCAUCUUCCGUCACAAGAACCCCAAGACCGGCGAGUAUGAGGAGAAGCACCUCAAGACUCCCCCCGUGGCCCGCACCAACAAGGUCACCUCCGUUUAUACUCUUAUUGUCAACCCCGAUCAAACUUUCGAGAUCUUGAUCAACGGCGAGUCCUCUAAGAAGGGCAGCCUUUUGGAGGACUUCAACCCUCCUGUCAACCCUGAGAAGGAGAUUGACGAUCCCAAGGACAAGAAGCCCGCCGACUGGGUCGAUGAGGUCAAGAUCGCUGAUUCUAAGGCCACCAAGCCCGAGGAUUGGGAUGAGGAGGCUCCUUUCGAGAUCGUUGACGAGGAGGCUGAGAAGCCCGAGGACUGGCUGGAGGAUGAAGUUACUAGCAUUCCUGACCCUGAGGCCGAGAAGCCCGAGGACUGGGAUGAUGAGGAGGAUGGCGACUGGCUCGCUCCUACUGUCCCCAACCCCAAGUGUGCCGACGUCUCUGGCUGCGGCGAGUGGACUCGUCCCAUGAUCAAGAACCCCGAGUACAAGGGCAAGUGGUCCGCCCCUAUGAUCGACAACCCUGCCUACAAGGGCCCCUGGGCUCCUCGCAAGAUUGCCAACCCCGCCUACUUCGAGGACAAGACCCCCUCCAACUUCGAGCCUAUGGGCGCUAUCGGUUUCGAGAUCUGGACCAUGCAGAACGAUAUUCUGUUCGACAACGUCUACAUUGGUCACUCCGCUGAAGAUGCUGAGAAGCUCCGCCAGGAGACCUUUGAUGUCAAAUUCCCCAUCGAGGAGGCUCAGGAGGAGGCUGAGAAGCCCAAGGUUGAGCAGCCCGCUGAGGGCACCACCGUUACCUUCAAGGAAGACCCUGUCACCUUCGUCCGCCAGAAGAUCGACUUCUUCGUCGGCCUGGCCAAGGAGGACCCCAUCAACGCUGUCAAGACUGUCCCUGAGGUUGCCGGUGGUCUGUUGGCUCUUCUCCUCACCUCCAUCCUGAUUAUUGUCAGUGCCAUUGGCUCCAGCAGCCCUGCUCCCGCCCCCAAGGGCAAGCAAGCCGAGACUACCUCCAAGGAGAAGACCGGCCAGGCUACCAGCUCCUCUGCCGACACUAGCAAGAGCGGUGCUACCAAGCGUAACACCCGUUCCUCCGCGGAGUAA